UGCUACCAACCCGGCCAACUUCACCAAUCCCAGUCCCAUUAUUACCUGUCCAAGCGUCCAAGUCCCAGCAUCUCUCUACAUAUCGCUCGAGGAUCAUCUUUUGCUCAUGGCCUUCGCUGCUUUCUAGACGGCCGGGAGGUCCCCUCUCCGCCCUGGGGAGGGGGUCCUUCUCUCGUGGCCAGUCAAGCAGCUCCAGCAAAUCCUCGUUUCGAUAUCUACUCUUUCGAGGCUCUACCGCGUAGGAGCUCCUGUCCACUAUUGUCCUCGAAAUUGCCCUGUUUGCACAUCACAACGGCACCCAGCUGUCCUCGCGACACAAAGGUGCUGAGAACGAUAUUUUCACCCUCCGGACGACCUCUCCGCCCACACUCCCCCCGCGAUCCCGCGAUACCUCACCCACAUACUACCAUCUACUCUUUGCACUCGCCUUUUCUUGAUUAUUACAGAAUUUCCUGCUCUUGACCUGCAAUGUCUCGCCUUUACACCCGCAACUCGCGGGGUCGCCAGCCUAUGCUGGGCUCCACCAUCAAAUUAUCCAAGUCAAAAGAACAUCCCAACGACACAUAUCAGCCGAAGCAGAAGAGGGGCAGACCUGCUCGCAAAUACACAGUGACCAAGAAGUCGACUGGCAAAAGGAAAAAGGCAGACAGCUCGGCCUCGGAAGGGGACCUUUCGUCCGCCUACGGGUCGGAGACUGCAGAUGAUGCCUCGGACGAAGACAGCGAGGAUGAAGCCGAUGAUGAAGACGACCUGCCAGCAGUAAAAGCCCCGUCUCGUUCCCGGAGAUUGAAUGGGGCGGGGCCAAAAUAUCAAUCCAUUUCGCGGGACAAUAUGUCCCUCGCUAGCAGCUCUGACAGCAUGUUCGGUGAUUUUGAAGACUACUAUGAGGACGACGAAGACCCCAACCUUUCCCCCGAAGAGAACAGGAAGCGCUUUGAAGACAAGGUUUUUGCAGAUUCCGACGAUGACAAUGACUUGUAUCAGGCGGUCGAUGACAUUAGUGAUUCGGACGACGAUGGGGAUGGAGACCAACUUCAAGAGCAGGAAUUGCUCGCCAUGCUGUCCGAGGAAGGCCAGAGUGAUGCCGACUUCCUUCUCAACCAGAUUGAUGGCUUGUCCGCCUACGGGUUUGGGGACGAGAGUGAGGGUUCCAUCUACCGCUUUCCCUCCUCCCAGGGCAGUGACAGUGCCACCGAAACCGCUCCCGAGAGACGGGUGCAUUUCGCCACGGAUGCCGAUCCAACCAUUUUCUUGCGCAUGUCAGAGUCGCCGACCAUUACUCGUGCCCUCCUGCCCUCAGCACUACCCGACAUUGGAUUCUCGCACCGCGGUGCUGACAGACGCGUUGGCGGGCUGGUCGACGAUCUGGAUGACUCUGAUCUGACCGACGACUGUUUGCCGGAUGAGGCCCUUCAAAGCACGCCCCAUGCAGCCGGCGAAGAGAAAGAAAUGUCGCCCGCGGUGUCUCCGCCAUCCAAGAAAUCGAGCAAGAAACCAGCUCGACGUCGAGGUCCGCCUCGCGGCAUCUUCAUUGAUGAAGGCGAUAAGACUUCUGGCAUCCUCGACUCCUCGGGCAAGAUCAUUCUCAUGACCAACCCUCAUCUGCUGGGUGAAGAGUUUGCCCGUCGAUAUGGAGCAUCCCAAACGUCCAGUCCAGACGUAGGCUUUGCUGAGCUCAUUGAGGAGAGCGAUGCUGGUGAUCGUGACUCUACGGAUCUACUGGCUGGCCCGAGCGCAGACAUCAUGCUUGCCAGCUUCAAUUCUGCGAUCAAUGACCCGUUCAAUCAGGGGCAGGCCGUGGGCCCCAUGGAGGCGUUCUACCCUACCAAUAACUUCUUUUUCGAUGACCUUUCUGUUGACCAUGGUGAUCUAGCUGGAGACUUCCAAACUGACGGACUUGGGGAAGAUGUCAUCAGUCUCACCGACGUGAUCCAGUUUGACAGUGGUUCUGAAGACAGUGACGCUCCCACGUCACCCAUUUUUGUGCCUCCCAAUCACGAGCUUCUGAGCAAUGAUUUCGCUCACCUCAACAACGGCAAUGUGACGGCGUUCCGGCGUAACGCCGACCCAGCCUUUGCGGCCAUGAGUCAACUGCCAUCGUAUCUGGACAUGGAUUACUUGAGUUCCCCUCUGGCAACACCCGCACCCUCUCGCCGCCGGAGGAAGAAUCAUGUCUCGCCAUACACCUCAUCCCACUACAAAGGGGUGACACCUGUCCAGCGGAUGCGAGACCCCAAUCAUGGACGAUCUUCUGAUCCUGUAACUCCUGCGAAGAAAAAGCGCAGGCUUAUGACUUGAUGAAAUGACGACGACAUGACAGUCUCGUUUUCCAUGUCUCAUGUGCGGCCGUCCUUUCGGGCGAGUCAUGUACUGCUUUAGGGUUCGAACACCGGCGUCGAGCUGAACAGGGUGGACCAUUUUUUCGAGUUCCCUUGCAAUGACGGGACCUGGGUUUCUUCUCAUUGUUUGGGGCUCAAUUGGCUUUGGACUCGACACGAACUGAAAAAAGAAAAGAAAAGAAAAAAGGUUUAGGGAAAAGAAAAUGUGCAAGUUCUAUGAUACCAUGCUGGUGGACGAAUUUCUACGACAAGUAGGAUGUCGGUUUGUUCGUUGUCUUGUGUGCUUUUCCAGAAGGGGGGACGGGGGAUUGAUCACAUUUCCGAGGCGAUUCUCAGAUUCUCAAGAUUUCCCAUAGAGAGUAGUAGAAUGCUCUUCAUUCGCUCAAUUGGAAGGAUUUCAGACAUUAAA